AAUGUCAAGAUAGGCACCAUCGUCUGCAUAAAAGAAUGAUAAAAAGGCUCCUCCUCCUCCCCCUCCUUAGAAGGGCCCUAAACCUUUUAAUGCCGAAGAUUACGCUAAACCUCCACAUCUUACAAAAGAAGAGGUAUUAGAAGUCAAGUAAGCCUUUGACAUUUUUGAUAAUGAUGGAUCUGGAUCUAUCGAUCCAUAAGAAUUGAGAGAAGCUUUUGAAGCAUCAGGAAUUAAAACCUACCACAAUAAAUUUAUAUAUUAAGUAUUGGGUGAAUUAGAUACUGACAAUAGUGGAGGAAUUGAUUUUGAAGAGUUUUUGCAUCUUGCAACAGCCAAGGUUAGUGAUAAAGAUACUAGAGAGUAAAUCUAAAAAGUCUUUAAUCUUUAUGAUUGGAAUAAGGAGGGUAAUUUAUUUAUUUAUCAAAGGUCGCAUUACAUGGGAUGAAUUAAAAAGAGUAGCAUAAGAUUUGGGAGAAGAAAUGACUGAUGAAGAAAUCUAGCACAUGUUUAAGAAAGCCGAUUUAGAUGAUGAUGGCUUUGUCACCUUUGAUGAUUUCUACAAUCUAAUGACUUAAAAGGAAUACGGAAAGUAAUGAUAU